UCCGCCAGCCGAUUGCAGUGGAGCGCGGCGGCGUAUCCAUGGAACGGCGAGUACGUUUACGGUAUGUGCAGUGGCGCCGCGCACGAAAUGCACGUGUGGGAUCGCGCGUCUGGAGAGUUGAAGUGCGUGCUCGAAGGUCCGGCCGAGGCGAAGGGCGUGGUUCAACUCGCGGCGCAUCCGAUUCGAGACGUCGGCAUCGCGCUCGGAAGCAACGGCAAUAUUUACGUUUGGGCGCGCAAGCAUAAAGAGGACUGGAGCGCGUUUGAUCCCACAUUCACGACUUUGGUCGAUAACAAGGAGUACGUGGAGAAGGAAGACGAAUUCGACGCCAAGCCGCCCGUCGAGAAG